AUGGCAUCGUUUGCUCCGCUCCGUCGUUCCCGCGGCCUCGCCUUGCUGGUGCUGUCCCUGCCGCUAUGCUGCUUUGUCUCAGCGUGGGGCACCGCACGUGGCCGACGGGUGGAGUACCAAGCCCGGCACGCGGCGCCAGAGCCGGCAGAGCCCGAGCUUGCCUCCCCCGCUUGGGAGGAGAGCGCUCAAGUCGUCUUGGAGAUCGUCGAAGAUAGCACCAAGGAAGAUGCUUUGGAUUGGCUCCAAGCAGGCUAUGCCUGGACGGCCAAGAGCCGACGUUUCUGGCGGAAGCUGCGCAGUCCGAUGCCGCCGGAGCCAGAGGCGGUGCGGAGGACUGCGCGCUGGUUGCAGGACAAGGGCCUGGCGCAGAAAGCUUGGGUGCGGCGCUUCCCGGAAGUCCUGGGCCUCAGCGUGGAGGAUCUAGAGGAGGGAAGAAGCACAGCGCCCAGCUACCUGAAGAGCGAGGACACCUACAACAAGGCCAUCAAGUCCAACCCAACGCUGCUCGGAAAGAACUACGACUGCCUCCAGGAGCACGAGAGCUGCCAAGGGCGCUGCUCGCGCUGUUGGAACACGACGGAUGCCGAACAGUCUGAGCAAUACACUCUGUGUGGAUGUCUUGGUUUCUUGGGCGGCCUUUCAAUUCUGGAGAACAUCGGCCCUUUGAAGCUCCGUGCUGGCUCGAGCUCCGGCACGGUCUCAGGUUUGUCAAGUAUUUCAGGCUCUUCAUAUCAGGCAGCCAUGAAGCACGCGCUGCUUCUCCUGGCGCUGCCGGCACACGCUACACAGAUUUCGACGGAAGAUCCAGCCUUGCUUUCCGAUGAGCAGGCCUCUUUGCGAGAGGAGGACGAGUGGCGGCCAAGUGCGCAGGCGACCUUCCCGAGACCUUCCUAUGGCAACGGCUGGAGCCCUUGGAGCGGAAAUCCUGGGUCCCUUCCUGGGGGCCCUGCGGCCCACCUGCCGUAUCAGGCCGUUCCGCGCGUGCCGGCUCCUCCUCCCGCCGGCACCUUCCCGAAAGUCGCCGUGUCCAGCGCCGCCUCCGGUGCCGGGCCCAACAACCUCAAGGAGGCAGAAGCUGAAACGAAAAAGUUCUUCGAGAUCGAGGAGAUGGUGGCCAAGGAGACGGGCUUGCCGCUGAACAGCAGCGAGGCGGCGCAGAAGGAGGAGGAGGAGAAAGCAGAGGCCAAGGAGGUCGAGGAGGAAGAGGAAGAAGAGCGAUUCGAUGCCUUGUAUGCAGGUAUCGCACUGGUGAUUCUACUGGCAGCCGGCGGCACUUUCUACUUCCAUCGGUGGUCUCAGGACAAGCCGAAGCCCGGAGAGGCACUCGGUGCAGCGGCGCCUUCCUCGCCAGAAGCAGACCCCAAAGCACCGGGGCCCGCGGAAGCGGAAGCGAAAGCUGCCACAGGGCGCAUGAAGAGAAAGCUCCUUCAGCUGCAAGUGUUGAUUCUCUUGUCGCCGUUGUCUGAGGGGCCGUUGAGCUGCCAGUGGGGCGAGCGAUGGCCACUUCCCGAUCCAUCUCCCAGUGAGGGUGCCAUGGGCAAGAAGAGGAAGGCGGAGUUUGAGCCGCCUCCGGUGAACCUCGAUGCGCUGCCCCCAUUGGAGGAGGGCAUCUUGCGCUUCGAGUUCACGCUGGAGGAGAAGGGUGCCCUGGGCGUUCGCUUUUCCGGUGGCUCCCCGCCUAUGAUCCUGUCGGUUGCUCCGGAUUCCUUCGCCAGCAAGAAGGGAAUCCCCGUCAACUACGAGGUCCACGCCAUAAACGGCCUAGCCCUUGUCCAGCAGAAUCAGCAGCGCGUGAUGCACUUCCUGAAGAGCCGACCGGUGGUGCUGGACGUGCGUCCCCUGGGGUGGAAGCCUCCAGAGAAGAUGAAGGAGCUGAAGCGCAGGCAGCAGCAGGAGGAGGCAGAGCAGAAGGCGAAGAUGGCGGUGGAGAAGAAGCGCCGCGAGCAGGAUGGCUGGAAAGUAGAAAUGCAUUCGGAAGAGAUUCAGCAGUUCAAUGCAGAUGUUCGUCAAGUCUUCUCUUCAGUCUUCAGUGCUUGCACAUGGUUGUCCAAGCCGAACGAAAGGAGCCCACAGUUAGUUCCCCAAAAACCUCUGCCUCUGGGGCAGAACCAACUGAGAGUCUGUGAAGAACUCGAGCGGCUCGGCCUUCUGAAGGCUUCGCCUUUGCCUUCGCCUUUUGUCGUCGCCUUUCAUGAGCUGCUGAGCUCGCCUGUUGGUGGUGAGUGCUCCUGUGGGGCCAUGGGUGAUCUUCCCUUCUCCUUGGCGGCCCUUCUGAACAGCGGUGCCGGUGCCCUGGGCCCUGCUCGAGAAGGCGGCACGAUCACGCUGCUCACGCUGCCUGGCCGUGGCUUGGUCGGGGCCGCCAUCACGCCCAGCGGCUCAGAGCCGGGCUUCCCCUUGCCGCUGGGCCUCCUGCAGAGCCUGGGUGGCCAGGUCUCCCGUGUGCCCGUGGCCGCAGAGGAGGAUGCUGCAGAUGCCCUAGGUGGUAUCAUGCGCAUGAUGAUGGAGCAGAUGGCCCAGAUCGCCAUGCAGCGUAGCAUGGAAGAAUCUGGCCCAAAAGUACCCCCUGCCAGCGAAAGAGUACGUGAUGCCCUGCCUCGUGUCGUUGUGACGAAGGAAGAUUUGCUGGAUGCCACCAACUCGAAGUGUUCCGUCUGCUUGGAGGACUAUCGGCCUGGUGUCCGCGCAACCAGGAUGCUCUGCGGGCACUUGUUCUGCACCGGCUGCAUCCGCGAGUGGCUGCGGGAGGCCAACACCUGCCCCGUUUGUCGGUACGAGCUUGCAACCGACUGUGAGGAUUUCGAAUCUGGACGGCGGACCCGCAUGUCCGGGCGGAUCGUGCGACUCCGCGCGGCCGAGCUGAGGAUGCUCCGAAUCUCCGAGCUUCGAAGGCUCAUGGAUGCGCUGGGCGUCUCAGGGGAAGGUUGUUUGGAAAGAGCGGACCUCGUGCGGCACUUGGAAGGCGCUCCAGAUGUCGAGGUGGCACCAGAGCUCUCGGCAGAGAAGAAGUUCCGCUACGACCUGCAAGAUCUUGAGCAGCUGGACCUUCCGCUGCUUCGAAAUCUUAUGGAACGUCAUCGCGUACCCUUCGACUUAGAGGAGGAUCUCUCCGAAGACGAUGAAAGGAGAGUGGCCCUUCGCUCCUUUGCAGACGCCGGUUGGAUGAGAGGGGCCUCAAAGACACCGCCCAAGCCGAGCGAAGGUGCCAAGCAAAUGCCGGCGAGGCCGGAGAACACGACAGAGCCUGCACAGACGACGACCGCUGCCUUUGUCCCUUCGACCGACGCCGGCGAGAGCGGCGAGAGCGGCGAGAGCGAGAUGCGGAGCGAGACGCCGAGUGGCGAGAGCUGCGAGGCCAAGAGCCGUGCGGCAGGCAAGGCUGCCCGGCCAGCGGAGCCGCCGCCUGCCAGGCGAAGGCCACGACCCGGGGCCAAAGCCGAGGCCAAAGCAGACGAGGCUCAGGAGGUUCUGGUGGUAAUGAGACUUCUUAAGAGCUUCCGAGAGACUUUGGUGGCCAAGAGGAGUCCGGGGGCGCUGCGUUCGGUUUUCCUGCAGGCCGACGGAGACACGCUCCCAGGGCUGCCAGCCAAAGUGCGGCAGCUGGCCGAGCGUGCGAGAG